AAACGACAAGUCGUCCGCUUCAUCACUUUCCCACUUCAUCCACAACUCUCUCUCUCUCUCUCAGCUUCUUCUCAACCGGGCCACCAUCUAUAUAUAUUCAUACCCAUAAAGAAGGGCAAAGGAGAAUAAGACCAGUCAGCAGUGAAUAGCAGCUAUGAUUAGGCUUUUUAAGGUAAAAGAAAAGCAGAAGGAACUUGCUGAAGCCAAUGGAGGAUCACCUCUUAAGAGGCAAAGCGCUGGAGAAUUGCGCCUUCAUAAAGAUAUAUCUGAGUUGAAUCUACCGAAGUCUUGUGCAAUAUCAUUUCCCAAUGGCAAGGAUGAUCUUAUGAACUUUGAGGUUUCAAUUAAACCAGAUGAAGGAUACUAUACAGGUGGUAAGUUUUUGUUUUCUUUUGAAGUUUCACCUAUCUAUCCACAUGAGGCACCAAAAGUCAAGUGUAAGACCAAGGUCUACCAUCCUAAUAUUGACUUGGAAGGAAAUGUCUGCCUCAACAUCCUACGAGAAGAUUGGAAACCUGUCCUUAAUAUAAACACCAUCAUUUAUGGAUUAUAUCAUCUUUUCACGGAACCAAAUCAUGAAGAUCCCCUAAACCAUGAUGCAGCUGCAGUGUUGAGAGACAACCCGAAGAUGUUUGAGUCUAAUGUAAGAAGGGCUAUGACUGGUGGAUAUGUGGGGCAGACCUUAUUCCCAAGAUGCAUAUAGCUUUUAUUUGGUUGCACCAAAGUGCUAAUUGACUUAUUAUCAAACUUAAAAUGGAUGUGGGAUUGUAAUAUUUGUCGUUCAGACUGCAUUUUCUUUCUUCAUCUUGUUCAAGUAUGGAUGGAAUUGUGGUGUUUAAAACAGUUCAACUUUUGUGAUGCUGGUGAUGCUAUUAUCCUACUUCAAUGUAAUAGGGACAGAAUGCCUGUACUUAAUGCAUUGUCUCUGAAUACUAGUUAUGUUGCAGUGA